AUGCAUCCCUUUCUGGGCUCCAAAAACCACACCACCGAACCCGGUUCAGCUCUAAGCACUCACAAACCCGAUUCAUCCCAGCUUCACCACAUGCCGCCCGUGUUCCGCUCCCUCUCCACGCGCACCCGCAACCGCUCCUCCUCCUCCUCCUCCCCCUCUGCCCCCACCCUUGCGGUGCAGCGAUCCGCUUCCGCGCGGUACUCGCGCCAGAACACCACGCGCGAGGUCAUUCUAAACGACAUCGUUGGCAACGGAAUUUCUGGCAUUCUCUACAAGUGGGUCAACUACGGGCGCGGGUGGCGUCCACGCUGGUUCGUUCUCCACGAUGGCGUUCUCUCUUAUUACAAAAUUCACGGUUCCGAUAAGCUCGUUCUCAACAACGAUGUUGAGACUGGUUCUAAGGUUAUCGGCGAAGAGUCCCUUCGCCGCAUCAACAGCCACCGCCAUUGCCCCUCACGCUCUCGCAAACCCGCCAGCGAAAUUCAUCUCAUGGUGUGUUCGGUGAGAGAGAACAAAUCAGAUGAGAGAAGGUUUUCUGUAUGUACGGGGACAAAGAAGAGGUUGCAUUUGAGGGCGGAGAGUAGGGAAGAUAGGGCAACAUGGGUGGAAGCAAUGAUGGCAGUGAAGGAUAUCUAUCCUCGGUUGCCCAAUGCAGAGAUUAUGUCACCUGUUGUGUCAGUGGUGAUUUCCACGGAGAAGUUAAGGCAGCGACUUUUACAAGAGGGUCUCAAUGAGGUUGCUAUUCACCAAUGUGAGGACAUCAUGAAAGCAGAGAUUUCACAGUUGCAUAAGCAUAUUGUGGCUCUCAAGCAGAAGCAGUUGCUACUAACGGACACGCUGCGCCAUUUAGAGGCUGAGAAGGUUGACUUGGAGAACACUCUUGUUGAAGACCAAAGGCAAUCAAAGGAUAUUGAAGCUAAUCCCUAUCUAUCAUCGCAUGAAAAGUAUAGUGAGGGAAGUGGUAGUGAUUCUUCUGAUGAGCACCAUCGGCAUGAUUCUGAUGAUGACGAGGAUGCAUUCUUUGAUACAUGUGAAAUUCUUUCAACAAGUUCUGACCAUCUGAGAUCCAUCCAUGAUUCUGAACAGUGUGAAGAUAGUCCAAAUGGGACAUGUGAUGUAAAAUCAGCCAUUGGAUCUGUUGGAUUUAACUAUCCUCAUAUCAACCGACGAAAUAAGUUACCUGAUCCUGUUGAGAAGGAGAGUGGAGUGAGUUUAUGGUCAAUAAUAAAAGACAAUAUCGGCAAGGAUCUUACAAAAGUUUGUCUCCCAGUUUACUUUAAUGAGCCCCUAUCCUCAUUGCAGAAAUGUUUUGAAGAUAUAGAGUACUCUUACCUUCUAGACCAAGCAUAUGAAUGGGGUAAAAGGGGUAACAGUCUAAUGAGGAUGCUACAUGUGGCUGCAUUUGCAGUUUCAGGGUAUGCUAGCACCAGUGGUAGAAGUUGCAAACCAUUUAAUCCACUGUUGGGUGAAACAUAUGAGGCAGAUUAUCCGGAUAAAGGCGUUCGCUUUAUCUCUGAGAAGGUCAGUCAUCACCCAAUGGUUGUUGCAUGCCAUUGUGAUGGCCCCGGCUGGAAAUUUUGGGGUGAGAGCACUUUAAAAAGUAAAUUUUGGGGUCGUUCAAUUCAGCUUGAUCCUGUUGGUAUAUUGACUUUGGAAUUUGAUGAUGGAGAAGUCUUUCAUUGGAGCAAGGUAACCACGUCCAUUUACAACCUCAUUUUAGGAAAACUCUACUGCGACCAUUAUGGUACAAUGCGGGUAGAGGGGAACCGUGAGUAUUCAUGUAAGAUCAAAUUCAAGGAGCAGUCAAUCAUUGAUAGGAACCCUCACCAGGUUCAAGGCGUGGUGGAAGAUAAGAAAGGUAGAACAGCGGCAACUCUAUUUGGGAAGUGGGAUGAGAGCUUGCAUUACGUAAUUGGAGGGAAUUCAGGGAAAGGAAAAGGGUCUAAUGUGUCAUCAAAACCACAUCUUCUGUGGAAGCGGAACCCAGCACCUGAGCACCAGACAAGAUAUAACCUUACACAGUUUGCUAUUACACUAAAUGAACUCACACCUGGACUACAGGAGAAGUUGCCACCAACAGAUUCAAGGCUAAGACCUGAUCAAAGGUGUUUGGAGAAUGGAGAGUAUGAAAUGGCCAAUUCUGAGAAGUUGAGGCUGGAACAAAGACAGCGGCAGGCACGGAAGAUGCAAGAGAAGGGAUGGAAACCAAAGUGGUUUUCUAAGGAAAAAGGCAGCAACAGUUACCGUUAUGUUGGUGGGUACUGGGAAACUAGGGAAAAUGGGAACUGGGAGUCUUGUCCUGACAUUUUUGGCCAACCCUCCUCAACUGAUACUGAUUUUACCUCAACUCCAUAA